GGAGAGAGAGAGAGAGGGAGAGAGAGAGACCGACCAACCAAGGGAAGCAAGUCAGGUGUGACUAAAUACACGCGUUUAUUUCCGACUGCGGACUUCUUGCUAUUCAUUCAUCAUCAUGUCUAAAUUGAUCAGUCAGGAGACUUUUGAUGAUGCUGUUGUUGAAAAUAUUGAAGAAUUUGAUAUGAGCCCUGAAGAAGCUCUGGACGAUGCCCUCAGCCAGUUUAAAACUCAGGAUGUAGAUUUGAGUUUAAUUGUGAAAGACACCCAAGUCUAUUCCUCGGAGAACAAUGGUCCUGUAGUCCAUACCUCUGUAAAAAUAACCAACCAGUUAAAACAGUUCCUGACUGAUGAUAACAUCAAUGAAGUAGAAUUAGAGAAACUGAUCAUGGAUUUUGUCAAAGAAUGUGCAGAUUUUGCCAAAAGUUCCCUCGCUGGUACCAAUGGUGCUUAUACUACUUUAUAUAAAUUCUUGCAAAAGCUACAAAACUGCCAGAACAACAAGUUAUUACAGAUGUUUAUAAAUGCUGUUUAUGUACUUUUGGUGGGACAAUCUAAACUAAUGAAACCAACAGAUACGAAAUAUUUCUUGGAAUUAAUUGAGCUACAUCGUGCUGACAUUAAUAUUUUGCUACAGACUAUCAAAGUAAUUAGUACUUCUUGUAUUACUAAUGAAGCUAACAAGAAAAGUUAUAUCGAUGGUCAAAUUGUUAGUAAGGCAAUGGACUUACUUAGAACUUACAAAGAUGAAAAGGAACUUGUGAAAGCUAUCUGCUCCUUAUUCUGUGUGUUAACAGCCGAUGAUGAUUCAUCUGUUCCCUUUGGAAAUGCUCAUGAAACCUGUAGGUUGAUAGCAACUGAAGAUUCUGGUCUUCUUUUGAUUUUGGAGCUAUGCAAACAUUAUAGUAAAGAUACCACUAUUCUUAAAGAACUCUUCACAACACUUCCUACAUUGUUAGUAAGAAAUGAAUUCUGUCAGCAAGUGUAUGAAUUUGGUGGUAUUUCAUUCUUGACAACUAUAUUCCUGGACAAUUUGGAAAACGCUUCAAUCUGCUCAAGAACAAUGACCAUAUUCCAGUGUUUAGCUCGAAAUGAUGUGGUUAAAGAUGCCAUUGUGACAUCUGGAGUGGUGGACAUUAUCUUGGUUGCCCUCUCGAAACAUGUGUCGAAGCCACCUGUGUGUGAGGCCAGCUGUGCACUGAUUGGCGCCCUAGCAUUAAGGUCCCCAUCUAAUGCUAAAAUCAUCAUGACAACGACCUUCCCUCAGUUAUUGGUUCAAGUGAUGAAAUCACACCCAGAUUCUGCACAUGUUCAGAAAUCGGCUUGUAUUGCCGUACGCAAUGUAGCUUAUCACAACUCAGAGUACUCCGGCACUUUCCGGGAACUUGAAAUUGCAGAUUUGGUUAAUGCAGUACUUGCUAAACAUAGUACAGCCCAUGAUGAAGCCAAAGCAGCACUUAGAGAUCUGGGCUGUAAAGUUGAGCUGAAAGAGCUGUGGAAAGGGGAAAAGGGCAGUAUACCUCAGUAGGAUGACUGAGGGCAGGGCUCACCUGCAAACCUCGAAUAUAAAGUUGGAGUAGAAGCAGUUUAGGUUGUCAACUACAAAAGAGUUUCUCUCUAUGCAAAAGGCAGACUGUUUUCAAUGUGUGUAAGGAGUAUGGUCUAUAUAGUAGAGAGUAUGCGUGUUGAGGCUGGAGAAAAAUUAGGUAAGUUGUUGGGACAUAUCAUGCUAAACCUUCAUGAGGGACAAAACACAGGUGAGCUGGGGAACACAGCUGGGUAUCUGGAGAUUACUAUGUUAUGGACAUGUGAUAAAAAUAGAUAGUGGUGUGUACUGAUGAUAAUUGAAGGGGACUUGUGGCAGAGGGAAACUUGAAAGAGAGUAGUAAGGUCAGAUCUCAGAAUGUUGUGCUUCAGAAAGGAAAUGACAUAAGAUCAAAUGGAAUGAUGGUAUGCAGUAUCGCAGACUGGUCUGACUUCUGUCAGAAUGGAAAACUUGAUAUUAAAAAGACUGAAUAUUAUGUCAAAACUUAUUGAACCACUAUGUUAUAUGUGUGUGUGUGUACAAUUGUGAGCACAUAUGUGCAAAACAAGGUGGAGAAAAUAGUACUUGAAUACCAGAGGUAGAGUGAAAUGGUAUUUUAUUGCAGCUGAAAAGCCUUUCCAAACUAUUACUCACGACGGUUGCUUUGAUCUGUGAAACUCUGAGUAACAGUUUGUGAACUCCUUUCAGCUUCAUCAAAAUACUAUAUAUAUAUAUAUAUAUAUAUCUUUUAUCAUUUACUUGUUUCAGUCAUUAGACUGUGGUCAUGCUGGGGCACCAUCUUAAAGAGAUUUUAGUCAGCUUCAGUACCUUUUAUUUUUUAAGUCUGUUACUUAAUCAAUCGGGAUCUUUUGCCAAACUGCUAAGUCGUGGGGACGUAAACAAACCAACACCAGCUGUCAUGUGGUGGUAGGGUGACAAAGACACACACACAAAGGGGUAUAUAUAUAUAUAUAUAUAUAUAUAUAUAUAUAUAUAUAUAUAUAUAUAUAUAUAUAUAUAUAUACGAUGAGCUUUUCUCAGUUUCCACCUGCCAAAUCCACUCACACAGCUUUGGCCAACCCAAGGCUAUAGUAGAAGCCACUUGCCCAGGGUGCCACACAGUGGGACUGAAACUGGUACUUUGUAGAUGGGAAGCAAACUUCUUACCACACAACUACACUUGCACACAAACACACACAUACAUAUAUACAUGGUGAUAAUAUGUAUAAAACUGCACUAUUUUAAAUAAGUGAGAAACACCUUGCUCAGAUCUGUUUGAUGCUCAUUUUACAUGCCACUGUUUGACGACCUUAUGUCUACAUCAUGAGAUUGUAGUAUUAAGUGACAUGUUCUAAAAUCUCCAGUUGCUAAGUUAAUCCUGACCAUACAGCCAUAAGUUUAAAUCUUCACUUAUAAUGUAUUUCAUUGUGCUGCUUCGUAAGGGACAUAACUCUACUUUGUCUAGCUGAAGCUAAGUUACUUCAGUGUUGAGAGGAAAGGUAUCCAGCUACGAAACAGAAAAAAUUCCUUCAACAAUAGGUAAUGCUACUAAACUCAUCUCAUCCAUGCUAGUAUAGAAACAUUUACAGAAAUAAUACAUUUUACUUUUGCUCUAUUGCAAACAGUGACAUUUUAAAAGGACGUGUACAAUGCAUGUUGAUCCUGAACUAAACAUCACAUUUAAAAUCCAAGGAAAAGUAAAAUGAAACAAUAAUAUUAGUAUUGUAAAAAUGUUUAAUUCAUACAGUUUGAAUACUGUCAUUGUGAAGAAUAUAAAAACUGAAAGUUGUGAUAUUAAUUUGUCUCUUUAGUUUGUUUUUAUUUUUAAUUAUUUUGUUACAAGUUUAUUUUAUAUUUUUAUUUACAUUCUUGAGCAGCCCGAUCUAUGAAUGUGUGUGUGUGUGUGUGUGUAUAUAUAUAUUACUGGAGUUGCUGGAUAAAUAAAAGAAAAGCUACGAGUGGAGCAAUGUCUGCUUCUGGAAAAAAAUUUGUAGCCAAAAUAAUUUAAAAUAAAAUGUUUUUCUUUUCUUUUUUCA